ACAAUCAGUCUCCUCAAUGAUCUCAAGCACUGCAGUUGUCGUGACACAUUGUGUUGUAUUGUGUCGCAAUAACAUCUUGAAAUUUCUUCUAAAAAAUACAAGAGUGACACAAACGGUUUUCUAGUUCAAAAUACGUUUAAAUACGGCCAAUUCAUAGAUUUUAUUGAUACGAAUGCCAUGUAAAAUCUCAAAGAACCGCGUGUGCUGUUAACUAGUGGACGAUUUCGACCGAGAAAGUCUUACUUUCAGAGGCCUUCCGGUUUCUAUUUUCUGUGCGGUAUAUUCACUUUUUUUCACAAGUUUAAUGUAAAUAUGCAUUAAGUGUGCUUUGUACCGACUUGAGUCUAAAUUCUUGAAAAUAUCUUCUCUAUUUUUGGUAAUGGAUUAAAAGCAACGUGUUUUAAUCGACAAUCUCAGGAAAUAUAAAAUCAUAAGAAGCGUGAAAAUGCCGAUGGAAUUCUUGGAUCGACUUCCAAUCCCAAACCUCCGAGUAUAUACGGCAAUCAGCUUCGCCGUGUUAUCCUGCUCGGUAUAUUAUGCUGUUCAAAUCAUUAAGGACCCAGCAUGGAAAAGCAACCACACUUAUGUGGAGACUGAGAGCGAAUCGGCCAAUAACAUCGAGUCCGAUCCAAGGAAUUUAGCGAUGCAUUUGAAGGAAUUGCUCGAAUGCAUGCUUGACGAGCCUAUCUGCAUUUGGACUUUGAUUAAUAUGGCAUAUUGCGUACUGGUUUUGCUCGGUAAAACAAUUCAAAAGCUUGUUUUCGGCGAGCUUCGAGCAUCCGAAAGACAGCAUCUGAAGGAUAAAUUCUGGAAUUUUGUUUUCUACAAAUUCAUCUUCGUAUUUGGUGUACUGAAUGUGCAGUAUAUGGAUGAGGUGGUUUUAUGGUGGGCUUGGUUCACCGCGCUUGGCUUCCUAAGUCUCCUCAGUCAACUUUGCAAAGAUCGAUUCGAAUACUUAUCAUUUUCACCAACAACACCUGGUUGGAGUCAUGCAAGGCUUCUUGGACUUCUAGCAACUAUCCUUGCAUUAUCUUCCUUCAUGUUACUUCUAUGCACAGCUGCAGCAUUCUUCUUCGUUUCUUUCAAUACUUUUGUCUUCACUGCAGCUGAGUGCAUUUUAUUAGGUGUCAGAACAAUUCAUGUUAUGAUACGAUAUAUCAUUCAUUUAUAUGAUACUCGAGGAGCUGGAACUUCCUCACAACGUUCUUGGGAUAAAAGGGGUCCUUUAACAUAUUAUACAGAUCUAGCAGCAGAAUUAAUAGUGCUAGCUGUAGAUUUCCUCCAUCAUGUUCAUAUGCUACUUUGGAGUAAUAUAUUUCUAAGCAUGGCAUCCCUUGUAAUUUGUAUGCAACUUAGGUAUCUUUUCUAUGAGAUACAACGCAAAAUUACAAAACAUAGGAAUUAUCUUGCUGUCUUAAAUCAUAUGGAACAGAACUAUCCAAUGGCAACUCAAGAGGAACUAGCAGAAAACUCGGAUAAUUGUGCUAUUUGCUGGGAGAAAAUGGAAACAGCUCGAAAGUUACCUUGUGCUCAUCUUUUUCACAAUUCUUGUUUACAAUCUUGGUUAGAACAAGACACUUCUUGUCCAACUUGUAGACUUGCUUUAAGCAUGCAACCUAGCCACCGAGAAAACACACAAGAAUUACAAAAUGAACCACAAACACCAGCUAGACGGAACGAAAAUCAUUUCUUUCAUUUCGAUGGCUCAAGAUAUGUAUCUUGGUUACCAAGCUUCUCUGUUGAAGUUUCUCAUAAUAGAUUGCGUGGGAAUAUUUCUACUAUUACACAUAAUAAUUCACAAAUGGAUGCUAUGAUUAGACAGGUGCAGCAAUUAUUUCCACAUUUUCCGCGUAAUCUAAUUGUAGAAGAUCUCAGAAUGACCAGAUCAGUUGAAUGGACUGUUGAAAAUAUAUUGGAUGGAGUGCUAAUAUCUCCUCAUCGUAUAAUCGAAGAACCACAAUCGGAAUCCGUCCUUCAAAUCCAUACCAGUACUACUGAAACUAGUGUUUCUUUAAAUAGCCCUUCAGCGCCAUUAUCAUCAGAUCCAAGAUUUGAUAUUCCUGUGGCUGAUAGUGGAGAAGAACCUUCCAGUCUAGGAGGACGGUUUUCCAAAUCAUCGUCCGAAAGAGAACAAAUCCUACAGCGUCGUAAAGAGCUACUAAGACUUGCUGCUAAGAAGAGAUAUUUCGAAAAACGCCGAAAAAAGCACGAAGUUGAUCAACAUGUUUCUAAUAUCACUUCCUAAAAUAUUGAAAACAGAGAGAUAUAUAUUGAUAUUUUUGAUUUUUGUGCUUCGUAGCAGGCAUCUUCUUAAAAGAAGAUUAUAACGACUGAUUUCUUUGAGUACAUGUCCACUGAUAUCCA